CUGCUCUCUUCAGCAUUUUCACCCGAAAUCUUACAUUCCUUUGGCAGGCGUUUAUGGCCAACGACGCAUCGGGCACGGCGGCCAUCACAGUCGCAGUUCGAGUCCGUCCGUUUUUUGAGGCUGCUGUGGAUUCCACAGGCGAUGUGGGGCUUCGAAGAAUAGUGCAGGUCGUGGACGAUCGCAUCCUCGUUUUUGAUCCCGUCGACCCAAACUCACGAAACCAGACGCGGACAUACAACCACGGCUCGCGUCGACACAAAGAGAUCCGCUAUGGUUUUGACAGGGUGUUCAACGAAACAGCCACGCAGCAAGAGGUCUACGAGGGUACAGCGCAACCUUUGAUUGAUGGCGUAUUGAAUGGAUACAACGCGACAGUAUUUGCGUACGGUGCGACGGGGUGUGGCAAGACGCAUACCAUCACAGGAACACCCCAGGACCCGGGAAUCAUUUUCCUUACCAUGCGGGAGCUCUUCCACCGCAUCGACAAUGCAUCCUCGGAACAGCUCGUCGACUCUUCCUUGUCUUAUCUAGAGGUGUACAAUGAGACCAUUCGCGAUUUGCUUUGUCCAUCUCCUUCGAACCAAUCACUCGAUGUUCGGGAAGAUGACGGCAGCAAUCGGGUGGUGGUUGCAGGGUUAAGCGAACACCGACCAAAAAAUGUGGAUGAUGUUAUGCAGAUGUUGAUCAAGGGCAAUGAGAAUAGAACGCGGGCACCGACUGAAGCAAAUGCCGUCAGUUCGCGAAGUCACGCCGUGCUGCAAAUCCAUAUUCGACAGAGAGAUAGAGCCGCUGGUGUUAACGCGAGCGUCAAGAUGGCAACGCUGAGCAUUAUCGAUCUUGCUGGAAGUGAGCGUGCAUCUGUAACAAAGAACAAAGGAGAGCGGUUACUUGAGGGUGCAAAUAUAAACAGAUCCCUGCUGGCACUCGGUAAUUGCAUUAAUGCUUUAUGCAGUGAGAGGCCCAACCACAUUCCUUACAGAGACUCGAAGCUUACCCGCCUCCUCAAGUAUUCACUUGGUGGGAAUUGCCGAGUAGUCAUGAUCACCAAUAUCAGCCCCUCUAGUUUCCACUACGACGAAACGCACAACACAUUAAAAUACGCAAACCGCGCCAAAAACAUCAAAACAAAAGUUGAACAGAAUUCAAUCGAUGUUACGGCGCAUUUGGCUCAAUAUCCGAAAAUCAUCUCAGAGCUGAAGGCGGAAGUUGAGGUUUUGAGGCAGCAGUUGGGAAAAGCCUCUAGAGAUAGUUCAGGUGAAGAAAACGGCAAAGAACCGGGAAUACGAACCGACAUCUUCGAGAUGAUCAUGCGGAAGGUGCAAAGAAUAUUCGAUAAGAUGGCAAUAAAGGAGAGUGAGAGGUGUGAAGCUCUGGCUGAAGUGGAAAAGAAUGAGCGAAAAUUAAGCAUUUUGAAAGCUAUUACCACGAUACUGGAUCAGAAUGCAGCGAAUGAAGACAGCCUUUCACUCUGCCGGCAACAGAUCACAUCCGUCAUCGAAGCCACCCAUGCUACAAACGUUGGACUCAGACAUAAUGCAAAUCAGGCACGAUUAGGCAUCCUACGACAUAACGCAGAAGUUGAUAAGAUUGAAAGAGGUGGCGGCGGCCAGAAGUUAUCGACGGAGCAGCGGGAAACACUACGAGUCGAGAUUCAACUUCUCAAACUCAGCGCUCAGAACGCUCUAUUGAUGAAACAAGUGGAGGCCUACCAAGGAGCACUUGAGGAUCAGUCUCGAACCGUAGUGGAGAUAGUGGCAAAGAAUGCUCAAAUCAUAUCGGACCUGAUGAGAAUCACCCACACUGCCCGAGACUCAGACAUGAUUGGUGAGGAAGUGGUGGCAUUAGUUGAAGAGGUUGCACAGAAUGCAAGUGGCGAUUUGACAGGAUUAGCUGGUCAAAAUACGGAAGCCCCGACAGUGGACCUCGAUUGGGAUACCAGCUCGGAAACAUCGGAACUGUCGGACGUUGAAAGUAGUGAUUCUGAAGUGGAGAAUAGUGAUGGUGAGGAAUCUGGGAGACUGAGGCGUGCAAAACGACGAAAUUCGUACCUGCACAAGGAGAUGGAAGAAGUUGCGCGAUCUUUUACCCCUGCUCCUCAAACACCCGCAGAAGAACCGUCACAGCACACGCCAGAUAGAGAUGCGGGACAUGCAGUCACUCCAGCAACUGCAAUAAAACUUUUGCCAUCGAAGCAAUAUGUUGACGAUGUCGAUGCAACUCCACAGGCUCACAAGCGGGGUGGAAGCCCCUCAUUAGAUUCCACUGCCAAGAAAGUGCGCGGGCGCGGUGAUACCAAGCCGGAGCGAGAUAUUCGUUCUACAUCUACCACCCCCACCAGAUUACAUAGUAAGCUGCCAGAAGCGUUUGAUGAUGAUGUAACUCCCCUUGCCCGACCCAAGAGAUCAAUACUGACCCCGGCUGAAUUUGGAAAACCACCCCCGCCUCCGGCUUUUCGCACCGACAAAAUGGAUAGUCUCGGUGCAGAUGAGCCGGAUCACCAUAUUACGAACGAAUCUCAUCAACAUACAGGCGGACCUAUACGUACCAGUCCGCAUCGUAGAUCGCGGCGACGAGCACGACAGUCACUUAUUCCGGUGAUGAAGACAGCAGGGAGAAGAGAAAGCAUGCUUCCUCUACCUGCUGGAAUUUUGGGCCGGGAAGGUGUUGAUAAUGAUGCACGACGUGUGACGAGCUCCUGCCCGUCAGAUAAGUUCCCUCCAGGCCCGAUGGCACCGUCUCCGACAGCCACUACCUCUUCAAUAGGAUGCAGUCCUGGCAACAAAGCCAACCGCGCAUCCGACACCAGCUCGAAUGCCAGUCCCAGCACUAGGUCGCGCAACAUCAUAAAAGCUCGAAAAACACCACCACGGACCUCUAUUGAGGACGAAGGCAAAGAAAACAGCAGCCAGUCAACAAGGCGCAGCACUCGCAAUAAGCCUUCUCGCAUAUCGUUUGCACCGUCACCAACCACUCCCCGACCAACUGACAUACUAACGGCUUCUUCGAAUACUAGACGGCGACGCACUAUGAUUGUUCCGCCUAGCAAUAUACAAACGAGGUCCUCGACCAGGAGGAAAGCUUCUGGGGAUGGGAGCCGGAGCCCGAGUAGUGGAGAGGAGAAUGGGGUCAAGCCCAAGUGGAAAUGAUGACGUGGGCAGAGUGGUGUGAUGUUAGUUAAAAUGCUGUUAUUUAAAAGAAACUGAUGAAAUCUAAUGACAAGAGGUUUGAAUUGCA